AUGGGUGCUGCUUCCGCCAUCUUGAUUGUCCUCAUCACCAUCCUUUUCCCUCCGAUCGGUGUUUGGGCGGUCGCAGGAUGUGGCGCUGACCUGUUUAUUAACAUCUGCCUUACGGUCCUUGGGUACAUUCCAGGCCAUAUUCACGCAUUCUACAUAGAAUACGUGUAUUACGACCGAAGGGAGCAGGCUCGAGAGGGUCGCUACGCUGCGCGCAGAGCCCCGGGUGUCUACAGCGAUCGUGUUCAGACCGGUGGCCAAGGCUACGGCACGAUGGCCCCGCCCACUGCUUAG